GUCAGAAACAAAAGGUCCUGUCUAGUGUAUAAAAUGUGAAUGCCAAAGCAUGCUUUCUGUGUCGUGCUAUUGGUUUUGAAAAUUGAAAUACACCUGUAAUGCUUAUAUUAAUAUUGACAGUUUUUUAUCAAAACAUUUUAACAACAAUUGUUAUUUUUAGGAAAACCAACCACCAGUUUACCUCUACUUCCGGGACACGCCGGAUUGACUUGUUACGUGGCCGAGUGCUGUGGGUCUGCUGAGGGAAAGAAGUCUGGCUGUAUCUCUUGUAUCAGUUUUAUUACAAUUUUUUAAAUGGAGACCAUGUACGGGAUUCCCUUCACGGUGCUGGAAUGCGCCAAUUUAAAACUGAAAAAGCCGUCUUGGCUCCAUAUGCCCUCAGCAAUGACUGUUUAUGCUUUAGUUAUUGUCUCGUACUUUCUCAUCACAGGGGGAAUCAUUUACGAUGUAAUUGUGGAACCCCCAAGUGUUGGCUCUAUGACUGACGAACAUGGUCACCAGAGACCAGUAGCCUUUUUGGCGUACAGAGUGAAUGGGCAGUACAUCAUGGAAGGCCUUGCUUCCAGUUUUCUGUUCACAAUGGGAGGGCUUGGGUUUAUAAUACUGGACCGUUCCAAUGCACCAAACAUUCCAAAGCUAAACAGAUUCCUGCUUCUGUUCAUCGGAUUUGUCAGCGUCUUGCUCAGUUUUUUCAUGGCCAGAGUAUUUAUGAGGAUGAAGCUGCCGGGAUACCUUAUGGGCUGAAGACUUCCUUUCCUGAAAAUGAACAUGAACAUGGUUUUUGGAAGUAUGUGAAUCGUGAAGAAGAGAUUUUGGAGGCAGCAGAAACAACUGUCGGAUACCUGUAGAAAACAAAUGCAGUUCCCUUUAUUUCAGUGGUGUAUAAAAAAGAAAAAACCUUACAAAAAAUCAGUUAUUGAUUAGACCCAAAAAAGAACAACCCAAAAUAUAUCAUUUUUAAUAUUAACUUGCCUAUUCAGAUGUUUGUACUAAACUGUAAAAUGAAUAUUAAUUAAAAAUAUAUUUUGGGAAUUGGUGAAAUAACUAGCCUAUUUACUAAAAAAUGAGAGCGCUGAACACUUGUGAUGUAAAAUCUAAGUAUAUCAUCUUAAAAUAUUACCUGAUGUACUUGAAUAUUGGCUGUAAAAGCUAUUAAAUCACAAUUUUAAAAGUU